AUGGUGAAAGAUUCUUCGGCUACCGAUGUUGAAAUGAAGGAUGUUUCCAGCCCGGCCAGUAGCACUGGGGCUGUUAAUGGCGUGGACAAAGAAGAGGUUAAGAAAGAUCCUGAUCUGUUAACACUUGAAGAUAUAAAAGAACAUGUUAAACACAUAGAAAAAGCUGUAUCUACCAAGGAGCCACGUUUUAUGUCACGUGCCAUCCGUGGCUUGGUGUCUAUUCGAAGAAGAAUUAACCAUUCUGUAUUGAGACGACUCCUCACAGCCUACCUGGGCACACAACUCUCGGGACAGGUGCUUUGUGGGUUUUUGGAAGAGCCGAUGGAAACCAAUAAUGCUCUGGUUCAGUUCCGCCCACGUACAGGGAAAUUGGCUAAUGCUCCUCUUCUGUUGGAGGUUGAAGUUUAUCUUCAUUUGUUGGUUGUCAUUUAUUUGAUUGAUAUCAAGAAAUAUGCAGAGGGUGUUAAAUGUGCUGAGUUAUUAAUGGACAAAAUUACCUCACAGAAUCGUCGCACAUUGGACAUGUUAGCAGCCAAGUGUUACUUUUAUUAUUCAAGAGUUUAUGAGUUGACCAACCAGCUUGAUAAAAUUCGUAGUUUUCUCCAUGCUCGUCUUCGUACAGCAACCUUAAGAUCAGAUUUCGAAGGUCAGGCAGUACUGCUAAAUCUUUUGCUUCGUAAUUAUUUACAUUUCAACUUGAUUGAACAGGCUGGCAAACUUGUGCUCAAGUCCACAUUUCCAGAUGGUGCAGCCUCUAAUAAUGAACUGGCCAGAUUUCUUUAUUACCUUGGCCGAAUAAAAGCUGCCCAGUUAGAAUAUACGGAUGCCCAUAAGAAAUUGACCCAGGCUAUUAGGAAAGCUCCUCAGCACACUGCGGUUGGAUUCAAACAGACUGUCCAUAAACUUGCUAUUACUGUUGAACUUUUGCUUGGCAACAUCCCUGACCGUUCUAUCUUCAGGCAACCUUGCUAUAGAAAAACAUUGGCUCCAUAUUUUCAGUUGACACAAGCUGUGAAAAAGGGCAGUUUAGAAAUCUUCAAUGAGGUGCGCAAUGUCACCUCUUCUAUGCACAGUCACCUACCCAGUCCUGCUGCUGAUCUCCCAGGGCAGGACAAAUAUCUCUUUCUACCAGUUUGGUUUCUUUGA